GCCGAUAAAAAAUCUGGGUCAAUGAGAAGAUUGAAGGAAUGAAUAUUUUUUUAUUUAGUAAAUUCUAAAUGCGUAUGUCUUCCGUAGUCUUCAAAAUCAGAAUUUCUAACUAUAAUAUAUUAUUUUUUCGAGCUAUAUACCGUUCAGUGUAUGUAGCUCGACCAGCUGUCACUCUUUUUUUAACCAGGACUUUGAUUAAUUUUGUCUCACGACCAUCGCUUGCUCCAGUCAUGAACAGGCAAAUGGGAAACUCUAGUUCCAAGAAAAAUGAUAACAGUUCUGAAACUGGCGCUGGCACAAAUAAUGAAGGAAGAGCAACAAGAAACAAGGUUGAAUCCGAGGAAAAAAAGAAUAGAGACUUCUACAUGACAAUGCCCUUGGAAGAAAAAAGGAAUCUGUAUAAAUGCAAGAACAAGUAUUUCACCAUUGACCAGAUUCAGGCAUGGCCGGUCUAUGCAGAGAAAGUAAAGGAAGACUAUGAUGAUACAGAAAGCAAGGUUGAAUUUGACAUAGAUCAGGAGCUGAACAUGAAGGUGUCUCUGUGGAAAGGGGACAUAACUGCCCUUGAGAUUGACGCUAUUGUAAAUGCAGCCAACACUACUCUUUUAGGAGGAGGAGGAGUGGAUGGCUGCAUUCAUCGUGCAGCUGGCCGUAAGCUCGUGGAAGAGUGUGCUAAAUUGAAGGGCUGUCCAACAGGAAAGGCGAGACUAACUGGCGGAUAUAAAUUACCUGCAAAAUAUAUCAUUCAUACUGCUGGGCCUAUCGGGAUAAAUCCUACAAAUCUUCAAAGCUGUUACAAGGAAUGUCUGAAAAUAGCCAAGGAUAAAAAUAUCAGAACAUUGGCUUUUCCAUGCAUAUCAACUGGAAUUUAUGGUUACGAUGUAGAACUGGCUACGCCUGUUGUCAUGGCAACAGUCAAAGAAUGGUUGCAGACAGACGACAAUUGCACACAUAUCGACAAGGUGAUUUUCUGUGUUUUUCUCUCCAAAGAUGUUGAAGUAUACGAGAAAAACAUGUUGGACUACUUUCCUGUGGAAAAUCCGUCAGAAAAAAAUGCUAGAAAGGCAGCAAAGAAAGCGAAUAAAAAAGACAGUAAAAAGACUCUUAAAACCAGCAAGAAGGAACAGAAAGAUCCUGAUGGGAAAAAUAGUAAAAAUGAGGAAAAUGCACGAAAUAAUUCAGAGAAGAAUCCUGAUGACAAGAGGGAUGAAGCAGACUUGAAAAACUUGAAGAAAACAGAUGAAAUGGCGAACACUAAAGUUACGAGAAGUGCCCUGAAGGAGAGUAAUGCAGCUCAGGUGAAAAUAGAAACUGACUCAACAGGGAAAACAGAAGAUGUACAAGCAAUAGAUGGAGAGGAGAAAAGUAGUGAUAAUAAAUCCACUGAGAAACCUAAGCAGAAAGUGAGCAUGUCUCUAGCAGGUGGCAGGAAGGAGGACCCAGAUGAGGAUACAUCACCGGCGGCCAAGAAACGACCCCCGGCAGAGGGAGUGGGAGCAGAACCGCCACAGAUAGUCACCAAGGUUUGACACUUUUAUCAGACCCACGUGGUGACGCAUCCUUAUAAGUGAAGUAUUUGACGUUCUAGCACAGAGGCUUUAUCUAAAACAUAUGCAUGACUUGUUGGAAGUAUAUACUUUUCAAAUUGGAUUAUAAUUAUGUACAGUGUUAUGAACACAAGUGAUCAUUUGACAUGUUCCAUUAGUUGUAGUCAUUCUUUGAAAUAUUUAUUUGUGAAUAAUCAUUAAUAUAUUGUAUCAUUUUAUAGGGAUUAUUUAUUUGACUAGUGCCGUUCAAAAUUGGGAAGUGAUUCUUUUUAAGUGAGUCCUGUUCCCAUUUAAUCAUAACAGUGUUUUAAUUUUACAUUUAAAAUGAGACCGGUGUGCCUGCUUCAUGUAUGUACAUUUAAUAUAUCAAAUACUUUAUAUAGAAAAUGGAAUAAACCUUUAAACUGAGCAGUAAGGAUGCCUAUUAAGUGACAAAUGAAAUAUGUAACUCAAGAAAAAAGCUCUACAGGGCUAUGUAACAUGUUCAUCAUUGAAACCUAUAAUAAAUCUUACCUUUAAAAGACCAAUGAUGCUAGCACAAAGAAAUUUGUUUACUGUAGUGACAGUUCCAUGAUUUAAGGGUUUGCCGCUUGGAUAUAUAUAUAUAUAUAUGGAGGUUGAAAGUCCCUUCGUUACGAAGUACCGUAUGUGAUUAUAUUAGCAGUAUUUUUAUUGUAGUGUUUUUAUGAUAAAACAAAGUACACAUGUAAUUUAAACUACAUUUUACAUUCUUAUGAAAGGGUUUAAGCCAGGUUUUGAAAAGGGCAGGUUGCUUCAGAAUGAAAAGGGCGCAUUGUAUUGGUCUUAUAUUAAGAACUUGAACAUUAUAAAUUUAAAAAAAUAAAGUAUUAAACAAAACAAAAGAAAUAUUUGACAGUCUCAAGCAUUUAUUUUUUUUAAAUGCAGAAAGGAGCCCAUCCUGGUCCCCAUGAGGGUAGAAGGGUGCUACCAAAAAGACAGGGUUCAGCACCCUUCCAUAACUGUAGGUUGAACCAUUCUGAGCUAUUUGUUACUGCAAACCAGCAGAGAACAUGUUAGAUUGAUAUCACAUUAAAAAGCUUAAUUUUGUUAAUGUACAAUCAUGUUUGUUUGUUUUUGAUUGUUUGUGAUUACUUGGAAUAAAAAUGAAAUGGAAGAU